CACCAUUCCAGAUUCAUUUCGCUCUCAGGCAAUACUACUCCGUGUGCUAGUAUUUCAGUAUACUUUGACCAUGGUAUAACCGUCCGUGUUCGGUUAAACCGCCUCUUUUUCGUCCUAUUAGGCCCUCCUUAUUGCCAGGAUGCAGUUCGACUGAGAACAUCUGGCCCAGAAACUCCCGCGCUACUAACAGACAUUCAAGAAGCAUUAAAAUUAGCUAUUGGCCUCAAGCAUCGCUAAACCGAUCUCUGACUGUGUCUGAUUCGGGACUAACGCGGCUUGUAUUCAGGAGUCAUGUCCUUCAACGCGAAAAAUCUCGCCUAUGAGAAUAAACAGCCCGCUUUUCUACAGAAACUUAGAAACCAGUACGGAGAUACGUCUGGUCGUCUUGAAAGGCCUGUUGCGCGACCUCGAUUAGCGAAGAAAGAUGAUGAGGACGAUGACGAGCCCACAUACGUUGAUGAAGAAAGCAAUGAGGUGAUAUCGAAGGAAGAAUAUGAGGCACUAUUGCGCGGUGACGAGAAACAACAGGAGUCAUCCGAACAACAGUCGGGUCACGAGUUUAAACAGGACACUGAAAAAGCCGACGUUGAGGGAGCGUCCUCAAAGCAGAAUUUGGCUGGAAUAGGAGGCCCAAAGAAGCGGAAACAGGCGAGAGUCAUCACAGCCGAUAAUGUUGAAGCUGAGAAUGGCACGCAGCAAGCGAGCACUGGGCCUCAGAAAGCAAAGCAGAAACAAAAGAAGAAGAAGAUCAAGCUAUCCUUCGAUGAAUGAGGCAAACAUGCUAUACUUAGUUCUUGAUAACACUUGUUAGAUAAUAAUAUCGUUGAUAG